AUGUCUGACACAGGAUCCGAAAGCACCAUAGAUAGAGAGGCCAGACUCGCGUCCGCAAGGAAGAAGUUCGAGGAGGCAAGGAAGAAAAUGAAAAAGCCAACAACACCAAAUCCAGAACAAGUCGGUGCUAGUGCCAGACUGCCCGAUACAGCCACCAAGGCCAAAUUGGCCGAAAACUACCAGUUGCACAGCACCAUAGAAGAACAGAGAGCGACAAUCGACAAGCUCAAAGAAGAAAACACCGAUUUGAAGCUCACAAACAUGGACCUCAAGGAACAAAUCAAGGCCCUCGAACAGAAUAUAGAGAACCUCAAGGCGGGCAAGCCAGAGGAGACGCGUCUGCUGAGAAGCAAGUUUGAUGACUUACUUGAUGAUGAUUUGCUUGAUGACGACGAGGAUGAUCCCAAUGCCGAUACCACGUACGGUCAAGCCACUGGUACACCUAUUCGUUCCACCAGUCGAUCCGAGGUUCUUAGACUGUUUUCAAGCCACCUGGAAGCGGACCAAAAAGACUUUGAAGACUUUGACAAGAAAAUCGACGCCGGUCUUCUGGACAUUGUCCUGUCGAUCGUUGGCAGGGUCAGCACAGAGGCACCAUCUGGUGUUCCUGAAACAGCUAACGAUAGAGCUUUGGAAGAAGUGGAAAGCAAACCAAGCGAUGAAGGAAAGCCUGAUCUUGACGAGUUGGAUCUUGGCCCUAUUGAUGACACAGAGGACUUGAACGCGGAGCCUGAAGCCACUGAACAGGAAGCCCAAGACGUUCACGAGAACGAACCUAGAAAGCUUGCUGCUGAGCCUGAAGCCGAAGACCUCAACCUUGAGGAUGUGCCGUUAGAGGACGAAAAGCCUAUAACUGACGAUGUUCUGUCUAAGCUAGACGAUCUCGAUUUGGGCCCAAUUGACCCUGCUCAGGGCGAGGAAACAGAGAAGGACAAGGUAGCUGAAACGCAAGCAGACUCAGCCGAUGCCGAGAAGGCCGAUGCCGAAAAUGCUGAACAAGAAAAGGCUGAACAAGAAAAGGCCGAACAAGAGAAGGCCGAACAAGAGAAGGCCGAACAAGAAGAGGCAGAGCAGGAGAAAGCUGAACAAGAAAAGGCCGAGCAAGAAGAAGCUGAACGCAAGGAAGCAGAAGAAAGAGCUCAACAAGAGCAACUAGAAAAGGAGCGUGCUGAACAGGAAAGAAUUGAAGAGGAAAGACACAGGGAAGAGAAGGCGGCCGAGGAAAAGGCCGAAGAAGAAAGACUCGAAAAGGAGAGAGCUGAAAAGGAGAGAGCUGAAAAGGAGGCAGCUGAAAAGGAAGCAGCUGAAAAAAAGGAAGCCGAGCGUCAAGAGGCAGAGGAGAAGGCCGAGCAGGAGAGACUCGAGCAAGAAAGAAUCGAGCAGGAGAAACUCGAGCAGGAACAAGCAGAACAGCAACGCAUAGAAGCUGAGAAGGCUGAACAGGAAAGAAUCGCCAAGGAGAAGGCCGAGGAGGAAAAAGCGGAGGCAGAACGUCAAGAACAAGAGCGUCUUGAACAGGAGAAGCUAGAGCAAGAGAAGGCUGAGCAGGAGAGAAUUGAACAGGAAGAGAAGGAGAGAGCUGAACAGAAGAGAAUUGAGGAGGAGAAGGCUGAACAAGAGAGACUUGCGGAGGAAAAGGCCGAACAAGAGAGAAUCGAGCAGGAGAAAGCCGAACAAGAAAGACUAGAGAAGGAGAAGGCUGAACAGGAGAGAGCUGAACAGGAGAGAGCCGAAAAAGAAAGAGCUGAACAGGAAGAGGCUGAAAAGGAGCUUGCUAAGGAAAAGGAAGCGAAGCUUGAUGCCGCUCUCUCGGCAGAUCUCGAAGACGUUGAAGUCGAACCACUCCAGCCUGAACCCGAGCCCAAGGCUUCUGAAGCUCCAUUGCCAACUCAGGAAACAAGUCAACCAGAUGCCGUUGACCUCAACUUAGAGGUGCAAGAUGGAGUAUCCAGUCACCCCACAGGUCAGGAAGCCUCCCAGCAGCAGGAUCUCAAUAACAAGUUUGACAAUAUUGACUUGGGACCAUUGCAUGAUGAAGAGGUUGCAUUGAACAACGCUGACUCCAAGUCUACUGACAAGCCCGAUGACUCCAUUUUCGACUUCUCUGCCUUCCAAGGUGAAGACGUCUCCUUGUCACAAAUUUCUGAUUUCCCCAAUGAGUACGCUACGGAAGAACAAAAAGCAAUUGCCAUGUUCUCCACCGAGACUGCUGAUUUCAAAGAGCGCCUUAUGAUGUGGAAGAAUUGGCAAGUCGACAUGACUGGCUGGACUACACUGGGAAUCCCACCAAAAGUGGCGCUCUAG